AUGACGGAGUUCUGGGUCUCGAAAGCGAAGCAUUGGUGCAAAUACUGCAAAUGCUGGAUGAAUGACAGCAAGAUGGCUAUCACAAAGCAUGAGAGUGGCGACCGACACAAAGAAGCUGUUGCGAGAUUUGUCCGAAACAACCGCGAAAAGAAGCGACAUGAGGAGAUCGAGAAGGCACAGAUGGAGAAGGAGAUGAGAGAAAUUGAGAGGAAAGCACGAGAGCAGUUUCUCACAGAUGUAGGGAUCGGUACAGCUAAGUUUCAUCCACAAGUGCAUGUUGCUCCAGUGAACGCGGCAGGCAGAAUGAAUGUUUCCUCAGCCUUCUUUCCAGCAGACGCAAAUUUGAGAGCCCAGGCUCCGCCACCUCCACCACCGAAACCAACUGAUCGACAUCCAAAUGAAUCAGUCUUUGUACCUACUCCGCUGCAGAAGACGACCACAGAAGAUAAGGCAUUGGCAGACGAACUCGCAAAAGAGGGAAUUGUCUUGGAGAUCGAUGAAGAAGCACAAGAUGAGCAAGGAACGGAAGGCAGCAGCACUCAUGGUCGUACACGAACCAAGAAACGAGAGAUAUGGUGGGAAUACAAGCCGGUAGAACAAGAUGCCGACAAAGAAAUCGAGGAAUUGUCAAAGAUAAGGAAGCCCGGAAGCAAAGCAGAGAACAAGCAUGAAAAGAUGGUCUCCUGGGCGAACGAAGGGUACUUCUCGUCUGGUCUUGGUGCGCUGGUGCGCAAGACCACUGCUUGCGGGACUUUCAAAAUCUCGUCGUGGGAGAAGACGAUUGAUUUCGACUCCUACGAGCUUGAGAUGCUGUUCAACGGUCAGGAAAUGAAUGAAAAGAAACUAUUGAAAAUGGAGAGCAAACGCAAAGAAGCAGAAGUAACAACAUCGACUGAAGAACAAGAGCCCAUCCGAGUGCCACAGCUGGAGGUUGGCUAUGGCAAGUGGGAAACAGUUCGUAUUAUCAAUGUGGAGGAGGAACGGAUUCAAAAUGACCUCAAGGUCAAGCUGAUGGAAAGUCAGCAGAAGAAAUAUUACGAGCAGAAAGUUGACCACGACAGCGACGAGGAGCACAACGUGUUCAGUGGAAUCAGAGAUGACGAGGCUGAAGGGAUCUUCAAAGUAGAGGAGGAAGAGACAGGAGACAUCACAGAAGAAAUAGCCAAACCCGGUGUCGUUCAGUUCAAAAGGGGACGCGAAGGCAAAUCCAACUCCAAUAAGGUUAACUUGCUUCAUGGCCACAUCAAGUAUUUGAAAUCUUUGACAGCGAAAUUUUCGAAGGAAAACAACAGAUAG